CAACUGACCAGUUUAACGUAGUCAAAACAGAAAAACAGCAGUUCUAUUUCCAUGUGAUCUUUGCUAUGUCCAAGCGAAAUAAUAUAACAUACGUAAAGCCACAGGAACCCAGCUUUUUGGCCAAGCUCAAGGCAGAAAUCGGCUUUAAAGAGGGUCCAACUGUCGACACUAAGCGCCAGAGAUUGGACCAAGACGCCCACGAUUCUGAUUCGGGAGAAGAGCGGCCGGAACGCGACGACGAACAGCCUCAGAUUGUCGUCUUGCGAAGUGGAGAUCUCACUGCUGAAGAAGUGGCUGCGGAGCAGCAGCGCUUAGCUAAAGAAGAAGCUGAAAAGCCUGCGGACUUAAGCCAACCCAUCGUGUUCAAGCAACGCGUUAAACAGCCAACGGUUGAGGUUCAGGCCAAUAAAAGCGAAUCAAAGAACAAGAAAGCCGAACGACGCAAGAAAUCCAAAGCGAGCAGCAGCAAAUUGUCCUUUAACGAAGACGACGAGGAAGAAGCAGCCGAUACGGAUUAAACCCCAGAACACUUCCUAAGGACUUCUUUGAA